CUGCUCCGACGGACACCUGUAAGCACGCAGACUCCCCGCCGAGCCGGACGCACGGUGUAUGGGAAAGUUCUCCGAAAUCGCCGCAGAUCCUGAAGGAUCCCGAGACGCACUGUUUUCCGCCGAUCUUAACGGGAGUGGUGCCUGGUGUCUCUCACACGCGUGUUUCCACGUGCGGUUUUUUUCUCUCGUUCUCGUGAAUCGUCAUUGGCGCGCACCGCGCGAUUCGUAGGGAUGUCUUGUAUCCGAGGGGGAUUUUUAAAAAACGUCAUUGUUCCCCGAAAUAUCGUUUGCUUUAAUUAACCGAUUCAAAACCGAAUCCAUUUUUGUCGCGAAACUAUUUCGGAAAAACUGAUGAGGCUGGUAAUCGAAUACGAAUACUAAAUAUGUAACGACGUCGAUAGAGAAUCGACGAUUUUGAAGUGGAUGUAUUACCGAGGAGAUAAAGAGAAUUUUCUUAAAAUGCGGUUAAAGGCGGUUUAAAUCUUCGCCUUUUCCGAAAAUACCUUUACGAAAAAGGGAAAGUAUCGCGACUUUCCGAUAGCACCCGUGACUUGCGAUGAAGACAUCUCGAAUCAUCUUCGCAAAGCGAGUCGCGUUGCAUCGAGGGAUGAUGAGCGCUAUUUAAAAAAGUGCGCAUACAAAAUCAUAAUAUUCCCGGAACGAAGAGCGACGAUGUCAACCUGUUAGAAUGCGAAACGAAGAAAGAUGCGGUUAAAGAAGCGAAGCGGUGCCAAGCUUUGGUUUCUACUGUUCAUAUUGCUGCUGGUCCAAGAUGGCAGAUGUAUAAAAUGGCUUGGUCUUGGUCGCACCGGCGACACGCAUACAUGGACCAGAGAGGCAUGCACCAGCGCGAAGAGUGCGGGCCUGCUGGAGAGGAAACAGGCGAGGGCUUGCAGAGCGACACCGGAUGUGAUGCCUGGUUUAGUGCAAGCCGCCAAAGACACGUCGACGGUGUGCCAACAGGCGUUUCGACAUCGCAGGUGGAAUUGUAGCAGCAUCGAGCGCGCACCCGACUAUACUCCUGAAUUGCUUACAGGAACGAGAGAGCAAGCCUUCGUCUACGCGAUGUCAGCCGCCGCCGCGGUUUGGCGACUCGCGCGGGGGUGUGCUUUGGGAAGCUUGGCGGCCUGUUCCUGCGCGACUCCACCGCGAAGAGAGCCACCCUCCCCAUCCGCGCUUAUCUCGCCCUCGUCCUUCACCACUAUGUCCGUCUCUUUCGACACGCUGUCCGCGAGGAACUCCUUCAAGUGGGGCGGUUGCGGGGAUGACGUAAGAUCCGCUUCGAGGAUGGCAAAGCGGUUUCUUCAAGGUGCCACCCCGCCCGGUACCGGCGCGACCUCCAAGUUCAUGCACGCGGUCAAUAUGCACAAUAACAGGGCGGGUCGGAGGGCGGUCGAGCAAUCCUUGACUUUGGAGUGCAAGUGCCAUGGGGUAUCGGGAUCCUGCAGUGUGCGUACCUGCUGGCGCGGCCUCGGUGCAUCGGGACCAUCCGCCGCCGGAAGUCGAUUGCUACGCAGAUACGCCACCGCGGCCGAAGUCAGGCCGAGAUCCGGUGGCAGAUUGCCACCCCUAUAUCAUCACGACAAUCUGCUCUACACCACCAAGAGUCCGGACUACUGUCUGCCGGAUAAGAAGAGGGGCAGCCUCGGUACAAUUGGCAGGCAGUGUAACGGCAGCAGUUCCGGUUACGAGGGUUGCGAAUAUCUCUGCUGCGGUCGCGACCAUACGACCAGGACCGAAGAGAUCUUGGAGAGAUGCGACUGCAAGUACAUUAGCUGUUGCUACGUGAAGUGCAAGACGUGCCGGCGGAUUGUGAAGACAUACGAAUGCAAUUGAAGAGCCGGGACAAUUAGUAUUCAGGCGAUGCGACGGAGAAUGAUCUUGAUCUACUCGAAGAAGAAAACGCGCGCGCGCGCGCGCAAAUGCACCGCGUAUUAAACGUAGAAUUAAUUAAUUCUGCGAGAUGCGCGCGUGAAAAAUCGCGAAUCCCGCGAAAACGCGGAUAACGCGCCGAUAAUUAUUUAUUAGGCGAUAAAUUAUUUACCGUGAAUGUGUAUGACUCUCUUUCUCUCU